CGACCCAAAUGUCAAGAAAUGAAAGUUGAGAAAAGUCAUAAAUAAUUAAAAAUGUCAGAUACCGACGUAGAAGAUGAAGAAAAGGUGAACGCCGGUGAAGGUGGAGAAUCAAAAGAAAUCUAUCCCUAUGGGGAAUAUGAAGGUGGCAGAGACGAACAAUUAGAGAGACACGGAUUCGGAAGCGCACUGCUUCCCAAUGGAGAUGUUUACGAAGGGGAAUAUUACCACGGGAAGAGGCAUGGAAGAGGAAUGUACUGUUUCAAGAAUGGGUCAAGGUACACUGGCACCUGGAGCAAAGGCCUCAAACACGGUGAGGGCGAGUUUCUUUACCCUGACGGCAGCCGCUACCAGGGCGAGUGGAAGAAAGACCUCAAGCACGACCAAGUCACAUUUCUAGAUGGUUCUUCCAAGAAUUUCAUCUCAUUCAGCACUCUAGCAAUUCUUCCACAGUAUAGUCCCAGUAUAGACCCAGUAUAUAAUUCGGUGGUACCACCAGGGAUAGUUAUUGGCCAAUUCAUUCGGAAAAUCAGCCAUUCAGCAGAUUUGUACACCGGCACCUGGAGGAAAGGCCUCAAACAUGGCAAGGGCGAGUUCCUUUAUCCUGACGGCAGUCGCUACCAGGGCGAGUGGAAGAAAGACCUCAAGCACGGCCAAGGUAGCUAUUUCUACGUAAAUGGUGACCUAUACGAGGGCUGCUGGUACAAAGGGCUGCGCCACGGCCUGGGCACGUACACCUACAAGGCUGCCAACGUGACACACUAUGGGACGUGGAAGGACGGCAGGAUGACGGGGCCUGGUAUACUGAACUAUCCUUAUUACAGUUAUGUGAGUAGAACGAUCGAAACACCCUAUGGUGAAAUACAGGGGAGAACAACUGUAAAAUUUCUCGGAAUUCACAUAGACGAAAAGUUGGAUUGGAAGAAUCAUAUUCAUAACCUAAAUAAAAAGCUCUGCAGUGCUACUUUCGCAAUAUAUACCAUAAGAAAAAAUAUCGGUAUAGAAUCAGCAAUAACAGUAUAUUACGCUUAUUUCUACAGCUUAGUACAAUAUGGUAUAGAGUUUUGGGGACAUUCAGUAGAUGUCAACAGCACAUUUGUAAUACAAAAAAGAGCUCUCAGGGCCAUUUGUGGGAUAAAACGGAUCGAAUCCUGUAGGAGUCAUUUUGAAAGACUGAAAAUACUCACAAUUACAAAUUUGUAUCUAUAUCGUCUUUCCUUAUUAGCUUUCAAAAAGAAACAUGAACUAGAACAAUUCACGGAUGUCCACAACCAUGAUACACGCAACAAAAACAAGUACAUACCACCUCAAUUCAAUUAUACAGUGAACAGGAAAGGUCCCUUAUAUAUGGCAACAAAAACAUUCAACCACCUACCGUCCUCAAUAACAGAAAUAGUUUCACUAAAUAUUUUUAAAAAUAAAGUCAAACAAUUUUUUCAGACCCACGUUUAUUACGAUACCAAUCAAUUCUUCAAUGCCCACUUAUAA